AUGCCUUGGCCCCAACCUAUAGAGUACUCUGCCGCUCCUGGCGCUGUAACAGGAUACUCGACCCAGUCAGCCACUUUGACCCUUCAGCACGAGUAUCCGAAGGGAAGCAAGGCCAAAGUUGGCGCUGAUGUCACCCUUCUUCUCCAGAACCUCAAAUCCGAGCAGACGGAUAUUGGCCAAUGGGUCCAUGUUAUUGGCUAUAUUACCUCUAUCGGGCAAGCAUUGGCCAAAGCCACGACGACCUCUGAAAUAGCGGCUCCUGCCGCAAUCGCAAGCGUUGGGGUGCAGGCUCUCGUACUCUGGACCGCCGAAGACCUAGAUAUUUCGUCUUACGAGCAGACCCUCGCGUCCGAGACUGAAUGA